UACGGUAGCGAAGUAGCGAUUCGUGUGUCGGGCCGCGACGACUCGGGCGAGACCAAAGAUCACAGGGCGAGACGACAGGCAGCUGAGGCUCCGCUUCGAUAGAAUGAUGUCGGGGUACCCCACACCUGAGCGAACCUUCCAUCGACUCCUGCUGCACCAGUACUUGCAUCUGCUCAAGAGGUUCCCAAUAUUGACCAAGUCAGUUACCAGUGGCAUUCUGUCAGGACUUGGAAAUGUUUUGUCUCAAGUGUUGGAGCAGCGUAGUAAGGGUCAAAGUAUAUUGAAGAAUCUGAACUUUGGAGGUCCAACCAGAUUUGGAGUAUUUGGAUUGUUCUUCACGGGCCCUCUAAGUCAUUACUUCUAUCUUUAUCUUGAUAAAUUGAUUCCGUCCAAUGUUCCCUACUCCCAAAUAAAGAGACUGCUGCUGGACCGACUGAUGUUUGCCCCAGCAUUCCUUGCUCUUUUUUUCACAGUGAUUACUCUACUUGAGGGAAAGAAAUUGAAGGCAUUAAAGGAGAAGAUGCAGACUGGAUACUGGAUAGCUCUGAAAAUGAAUUGGAAAGUUUGGACCAUCUUUCAGUACAUUAACCUUAAUUACGUGCCUGCUCAGUUCCGAGUGCUGUUUGCAAAUUUAGUAGCUCUGUUCUGGUAUGCAUACCUUGCUUCAAUCAGAAGAUGAAGCCUCGUCAUCAAUACCCAUCACUGUCUGCUUGGAAUGAUUUCUUUCACUCAGAGAAUAUCCUUCAAAGAGUAAAUGAUGGACUUGUCAAAAUCCAAACAUAAUUUUCUAUGUAUUCCUUAAACAUUUAAUAGAUGGAUAAUUGUUUUAUUUGAAGAAAAGUGCUUUUGCAGAAACUGUGGAAUUUGCUGUGAAAAACUUACAAUUAGCUGGAUUUUUUAAACUACUGAACAUAAACUAAUUCCGCAAACUAUUUUCUACAUUGGAUUUUUAAGUACAAUGGAUCUUUAUUAAUUAUACUAAAUGGUAGUAUUUAAUCAAGUAUUUAAGUUGAGAUUGCAGAUUGUAAGAACCAGGCAAGAAUGACAAAUGGGUUGGUGUGCUUGUGAGGCAAGCCAGCCUAUGGGUUGGGCUACUUGUGAUAGCUAUCCAAUAUAUACAUAAAGAGAAGAGGAAUUUCUUCUAUGAGAGGGUUUAGAAUAUCUGGAACUCUUUAUUCUAGAAAGCUAUAAAGGUGGGAACUUCACAGACAUUUAGGCCACUGGAGAGUUUGGGCUAUGAGUGAGAGUGGGAAAAUAAUAUGCUAUCAAGAUUGGGUCAGCCAUGGUCUUAUUUAAUUAUUGAAUGGUGGAUCAGGCUUAAGAGGUCAAUUGGCCUACUGCAGCUUUUAUAUUUUGGCAUUCAUGCAAUUUUCAGCUCUUGCAAAAUGGAAAAUCUUCCUUGCAAAAUGCAAACAUUUAUGAAAAUGGCCGUGGAAACACAUUUCACGUUAUUUACUCCACAAUUUCAGGAUCAAAAUGCCAAUUGUUUACAAAGUCUAUAAAUUCCAAGUACCAUUCUCAAGAGCUAACACAAAAUGGAAUAAUUGUUUUUCAUAAGAUGGAUUUUCUUAUAAUUUUUUAAUGUUAAACUGUGUAAUUGUCAAUGGGGAGAAAGUCCUCAUAAUGAGUGACUUCAGUGUGCUAGCAUAUAUUAAAGGCUCAAGGAGAAUUGAUAUGUGUAUUGUCAAGUGAUUUAUUUUCUUGGUCAAAUAAACAUGAUUAUUGAACCAGGC